AUGUUUCUACCUCUGGCUUGUGCGUUUGUCGGAUCGGCCGUGUAUUUGAACACGUUGUCGGCCGACUUCGCAUACGAUGAUAGUCGUGCAAUUCAAAAGAACCAAGAUCUGUUGCCGGAGACACCAUGGCAGAACAUCUUUAUGGAUGACUUUUGGGGAACACCGCUUACACACAGCGGGAGUCACAAAUCUUAUCGUCCUCUGUGUGUUUUAUCAUUCCGACUCAACUACCUACAAGGGGAACUCAAUCCAUUCUGGUUUCACCUCACCAAUGUCAUCAUGCAUGGUGUUGUUGUUGCGCUAUUUACUUCACUGUCUCAGUUUUUACUAAAAUCUAAAAAACAAGGUUUUCUGUGUGGACUCAUGUUCGCGACUCAUCCAAUUCAUACUGAAGCUGUUGCAGGGAUUGUUGGAAGAGCAGAAAUUGGUGCUGCAAUGUUCUUUCUUUUAUCCUUCCUGAUGUAUAUCAAGUAUUGCCAAAGUAGAGAUGCCGCUUGGCUGCAGGUACACGAUCCCAUUAGCCGGCGACACUUCACAGCGACUGCAUGGCGUAACUUAGUGUUAAGUUUAGUGUGUGCAGCAUGUAGUAUGCUAUGGAAAGAACAGGGAAUCACUGUACUGGCUGUCAAUGUUGUAUAUGAUAUUUUAGUUUGGAAUAAAAUUCCUCCACUCAAUAUUUUCCAAGUCUUUUACAAGGUAAAACACCGUUCUCUUUUUCUUGGUCUAUUAUGUUCAGCUUUAUGGGGUAUUGUUGUCCUGACAACCAGAGUCUCUAUUAUGGGGAGUAGCCCUCCGGAGUUUGCACCAGCGGAUAAUCCAGCAUCCAAUCACAGCAGUGUACUAACAAGGUCAUUGACCUUUAACUUUCUGCCCGCUUUUAAUCUCUGGCUGCUGCUCAACCCAUAUCUACUGAGUUUUGAUUGGUCGAUGGAAGCCAUUCCUUUGAUAGAAAAUGUACAAGAUUUUCGUAACCUUGCAACAGUGCUGAUGUUCAUCAGUUUAGUAGUUUUCACUUGGUAUUGUUUACGUCAAAUGCAUAGAAACGCUGACUUCCAAAAAUUGACAAAGCACUCCAAUGGAAGUGUAGACCUCGCGCAUUAUGAUUAUCGGUAUAAAACAUGCGAACAGUUUAAAAGCGUACAUGUGGCGAUUGUUGCAUUGUCAAUUUUGGUUUUACCGUUCAUACCAGCAACAAAUAUAUUCUUCUACGUUGGAUUUGUUGUCGCCGAACGCAUCUUGUACAUUCCGAGCAUGGGUUAUACGUUGCUUGUUUCGCUUGGAAUAUGCGUCAUACACAACAAUAUAAAGAAAUCACAUCACAAGUAUUUACAUGUGUCGAUAUCAGUGUUAUUAGUGUUGUUCAGUGUACGUACAGUACUGAGAAACCAAGACUGGCAAACUGAGGAAUCGUUGUACAGAAGUGGCAUUAAAAUCAACCCACCAAAAGCGUGGGGCAAUCUUGCUAAUAUUCUGAAAUCACAGGGUAACAUAGAAGAAGCUGAAACAGCUUACAGAAAAGCUUUAGAGUAUCGUUCUAAUAUGGCGGAUGUGCACUAUAAUUUGGGUGUUUUACUUCAAGAAAUCGACCGAUUUGAAGAAGCCAUUGUGUGUUAUCACAAUGCUAUAAGAUAUAGACCUCGACUUGCAAUGGCUCACUUGAAUCUUGGUCUCACGUUGGUUGCGGUUGGUCGUGAUGAUGAUGCAGAAAGAGUGUAUCUUCAUGCCGCGACUCUAGAUGAUACAGGUCUAAAGGAUCCUAAAACCCACAAUAAUGCUGUCAUCUCUGCUCUUUAUAAUCUGGGAAGACUUAAACAUGAUCAAAAAAAAUAUGAGGAAGCAGUUGAGGCAUUCAAGGAAUCGAUAAGACGACGACCAGAUUAUUACCCUCCGCAAAGUUUGUACAAUAUGUUGGGGGACUCAUUGUCAAAACUUGGUCAAUACAAGGAAGCGGAGAGUUGGUUUUUGAAAUCACUGUCAGUGAAGUCAGACCAUGUGCCUGCGUAUUUAACAUAUGCACAUCUUCUUGACAUAACAGGUAGACACACUGAAGCCACGGAUAUGUUGAACAAAGCUUUGGACUUGGAACCGGAAAAUGCUGGCGUUUAUCAACAUUACGGUCAACAUUUCGCUGAAAUUGCUAAGUUCAAAGAAGCUGCCGACAUGUAUCGUAAAGCCAUCAAAUUACGGCCGGAUGAUUUUGAAAUCAUGUUCAAUGGUGCAAAUGCUCACAGGCAGGCUGGUUUGAAUGCAGACGCAGAGAUGUAUUACUGGAAGGCUGUCAUGCUUAGUCCAGAGGAACCUAAUGCGUAUAUGAAUCUGGGUGCAAUGCUGCAUGUCAAUGGUAAACUACUAGAGGCAGAACUCCAGUACACUAGAGCACUUAAACUGAAACCAGACGACCAAAUGACAAAAGAUAACUUGAGAAAAGUUCGUACAAUGAUAAAUAGAAGCAAACAAAAAAACAACAGUGGAAAUUAG